CCUUGUGCAACCACUGUGAUUCGUCUAGGUCUAGGCAGCUGCGCCCGCAUUCACCUUCCCAACAAUCUUCCACUUCACAAUUGGAUUCCUCCUUAUCCUCUUCGGAGUCUCUUACUAUUUCAGACCUAAGCCUCAACCAACAUCAUACAUGCCACUCAUCAUCAACCGUGCUGGAGGCAACAUGAUCCCCAACAGACGCAUGCCACUUACUCCCCGUGCUGCCGGGGACAAAGAGACCCCAUAUGAUCCUUACACCGAUUCUUUUGAGACGAGACCUGACGAUGUCUAUCAAGCAAAGCAGAUUCUGAUGAAGGCAGGCAAUCUGCCUAUCGAACUGGCCGACAUCAUUCUCGACGUCGCCGAGUAUUGGGUCUGCACGGCGACGACAGCCGAUUACACGAACCUACCGCAAAGACGCCUGGCCCUACAAGGUAGAAGAAAUGAUGAGAACAAAUUCUUGCUGCGCACAAUGCCACUCGGGCUUACUGGCUGGUCAUCUUCAGACCAUGAGAAGUGGAGGAACCAGGCCAUGCCUAAAGAGCUUCGAGCGGAGUGGAGCAUUGACACACUACGACAUUUCGCUGAUGAUCCUAAACCAACCCUGGAGCAUCCGUGUCGCAAGAUCGAAUUCAACAUCGUGAGUCACGAUCAAGGCUGGGGAGGUAUAAAGGCUGAUCAUGGGACCUUCCAUGGUUCCUGGACCUGGUUCGAAGCUGGCAUCGAGCGGUUUGACGCCAAUGCUGAAUGCGCCGGCGACUGUCUCGACUGUCAACAAAGCUCGGAAAAAGGCGUCGACCUUCCUACCUGUUCCAUUCGUCCAGUAUGGCCAAGAAUCAUCAAAGACAGCCAAGUCACUGUGCCCAUGAACAACGCAAAUGGCAAUGCCGGGGAUGAGGAUUCGGGUCCUAUCACAAGAUAUCAUCACGAACUUCAUCCAACAGCAGACCACAAGAUUCAGUGCAACAAAGUUGCCACGCACGAUGUCCAACAUCACCAUGUGGAGUGGCGGUUCGAUGACGAUCUUUCCCCUGAAGAAUUGGUGCAAGUCGGUCGCGGCAGUGGGACUGGCGAUGGCAAGUUUGUAAGAAGCCUAAAGUUGGGAGACAUUGUCACAAUCUGGGGCCAUGCUCGAUUUAGUGGAUGGUGCAAUCACAUCGAGAAGGUUGAAGUCAAGACGUACUGGGCUAUAUAAAUCAAAGACAAAAUAUAGCGUCGUGGCGUCCAGGCGAACUUGGUACUAGCAUUAUGAGAUAUUAAAUAAGGAAGUAUACGAUUUUGAUAUAUUAUUCAUGACCGCCUUGGUACGCGUACGGGUUCAGAGUUACCUUUUAAUGUCCUAGAUCUC